UUGACUGCACUAAGUCAUCCAUUGAUUUUAUGAUUAAAAUGCGGAGUAAAGUUGGCAUACUUCAUGAAAACCCGUUCCUAUUUGCUAGGAUUGGUACGAUGACAAAUAUUCGAGGGUGUGACUGCCUCCGGAAAUAUGCACAAGAGUGUAAGGCAAGCAAUCCAGAGCUCCUGCGGUCAACAAAGUUGAGAAAGCAUGUGGCUACGUUAUGUCAACUACUCCACCUUGACAAUCAGGAACUGGAGCAAGUUGCCCGUUUUAUGGGACAUGACAUAAGAGUCCACUGCGAUUACUAUCGUCAGACAGACAAAACUUUUCAGGUGGCCAAAAUCGGAAAGCUCCUUUUUGCGAUGGAGCAGGGAGGACAGGCACUCACAGGAAAAAGUCUGAUGACUCUGGACUCUGUGGUUUUUGAUGGAACCUCUACAAAUGCUCCUAAAAGACAUGGUGAUCAGGAGAGUGGUGGGGAUGAUGAUGAUGACGUUGAUGUGGAUGAUGAUCUGCCAUGCACAUCCACCACAAACCCACCUGCUCACAGCCACAAAAGAGUCAGAACUAAUUACAGACGUGAUGCCGGUGAUGAUCCUGACAUUGUGGACAAAAAUGGAAAUGACAUGACAAAACCCAAGAGGGUCAAGAAGCCUGCAGAUGACGAUGAUGAUGAUGAUGAUGGGUGUGAUGUUUAUGUUGAUGUUGAAGAAUGUGAUGAAGAUGGAGACGGAGAAGAGCAACACAUCACAUCAACAAUAUCAGCUGUCAAGCAACGUCAGAAACAUCAUGAUGAUGAUGAUGCUCCACAAGUGUCCAGAAAGAGACCCUGGACUGCUGAGGAGAGGACUGUGGUGCUUCGAAGGAUGGGAAAGUUUGUUGCUCUAAGGAAGGUACCAGGGAAGAAUGACUGUCAGAUGUGCAUCUGUAAAGAGUCUCCGGUCCUCAACAAGAGAACAUGGAAAGACGUAAAAUACUACGUCCAUAAUGAAAUUGCCAAAGUAAAGAAAAAGCUUGCCUUUUAAAGGCAUGGCAAUUGCUGUUUCUGUUCCUUUCUGUGCUAGAUUUACAUGUUCACAGACAGUGUCUUUGUUUUUUGCUGUUGCUCAUCAGAAGUGACAGUCUGUUUCUAUUGUUGUCACCCACAAUUUUGAAUUAAAUUCAGUUUUUUUCUUUUCAUAUUUGCAACUGCAACUGUUGCUAGUCAGAAGUGACGACUAAAAAAUAAAAGUACAGUGUAUACAAAUGUUUUAAAACAGUUUUAAAACUGACCUGCAGUUUAUGGAGUCCAGUCUGACGGUGGUGUCAGUUUACUCACUCUCGAGGUCCAAUCCCUUUUUAUUUUAUUUUCUUUUUAAAUGGACAUAAAGCUGCUGCACAACUAUCUUUUAUGUAAAAUAACUGAAUCUGACAGAAAAACAAAAUCAGAAGGCCAAGUGUGUGAUGGCAUU